GGCUACUAGCGCAGUCACGCAACGGAUAGAUUUCAUUUCAUCGAAGGUACGAAGUUAGAAAAACCUCGCCACGAAGGCUAUCCAGCUGAAGCCGCAUCACAACAACUUGCAACUUGCUCCCGACAAUAAUCCAGUCGCCCUAUCAAACCAUCUAUUGCCAUCGGCACUGUUACAAACAUCUGUGUAUUACUCGUUGUCCAAACGCUGCUGUCUAGCUUUCCGAUUUUGACCAUUAUUGCAAACCAAGCUUUUAAUAAAAGAAGAGAUAUACAACAUGAGAUUAGCAGCUGGCACUGUCGCUUCUCUAGUUCUGACCAUCGGAGCGCUUCUACUCGUGGUCGCAGUGGAUUAUUCUUCGAAAACGGUUUUGAACGGUGGAAGAAGACCACCCAAAAGUGCUUUCCUUCGAUCUUCAAAACGCCGCAGACUGUACAACUAUUCGAACAAUGACGACGGCAACAAUGCGAACAACAAUGACGACGGCAACAAUGCGUACGGCGGUGACUAUGGGUACGCCGAAAACAAUCAAGAGAACUCUUACGAAGGCUCGUAUGGUAACAACGACGACGGCAACUAUCAAGACGAUGGAGGCUACAACAACGGAGACGAUGCCGCAACCUAUGAUGGAGACUACGGCAACAGCAACUCUGCCUAUUCAAACGACGACAACACCUAUUACAACUCGAACUCUGCUUACCAGGCCAAUGUUUACAACKGUAGAGAUCAAUACUGGGAUGGGCAAUCCGUCCAGAUGUACACCGACGACGAAGAACCCGUGAUUGAAGAAGAGKGAGAAGGCGGAAUCAAGAUUUUUGGAAAGUACGCCGGACUCUCCAUUGCGUCAACGUUUUCUUUGGUAUUUCUCUUGCUGAUGGCAGCCAUUAGUACAUAUGUCUUCCUUCUGCUCGCCAGAGGCUUCAACCUUAUCGAUUUCUAUCACAAGUAUCUUUGCAAAAGACGCCCUGCGAAUGAACCCAAGGAUGACAGUUUCGUGAAGCUCGAGGACCCCGUGUUGUCAUAAAUGGACAGGCGAACGAACAAACGAUCGAACGGAACGAAUUGAGGCCAUCCAUCCAAUGAAAGGCGAGCAAUGCUUUCGGAAUCAUCGGGGGGAUCAGUCUUUACUACACACCCAUGCAACAUCAUCUCUUUGCAUGAUUGGUAUAGAGGUGGAAAACAGCAGAACGUGAAGGAGCAAGCUACUUCGCGAUACAUGACGACCCAUGUUAGUGCCUUUACCACCCUCUGUGUUUUUUAUUAAAUCUAUUUAGUUGUA